AUGAGGGGUCUCUGGGCCCUGGUGCUCACCGGGCUCAUCAGUGCCUGCCAGGGGAAGGAGCCGCUGCCAACAGAAGGCAGCAGCGCCANGCUGGACGCCGUGCGUGGCACCCCGGUCAGGUUUGACCUCCAGCAAGCUCAGAUCUACUGCGACGCCGAGCUGGCCAGGCAGGAGGGGUGCUGCGAGAUCUCGGCCAGCGGGUGCCAGACGGAAACACCCAAGACCCGCCGGCAAGCGGAGCUGAUGCAGAGCAGCAACCUGAUUGAGAUGGUGCCGCAGCCCGAGGGCAGGGUGUUCACCCGCUGCUUCUGCCUGGAGGAGCCGCUGGGCACCGUGGCCUUGGGUGACCUGUGA